UAGAAUAGUGAAGUCAUCUUUCCAUCAUCUGUUCCUUUUAAGCCGGCAUUUUUGAGAGGGAGGUUCCUUGCGCCGCAUAUACAAACACUCAGUCUGCACUAGGAGCCAGCAGAGAUCUGACCUAUUCCUUCACACAGAACAGGAAGUUGAUACGACCUGACAUCAAGAUGGCAACAAAGGGAGUCGGCAUGGCUAACAAAGGUCCCGCCUUCGGCAUGAGCCGGCACGUUCAGGAUAAGAUCGACAGCAAGUACGACGCCGAGCUGGAGCUGAUCCUGGUGGAGUGGAUCAGCCGUCAGUGCGGCGCCGGUGUGUCAAAGCCGGAGGCCGGAAAAAUGGGCUUCCAGGCCUGGCUGAAAGACGGAUGUGUCCUGAGUGAACUGAUCAACAGUCUGUUCACCGCGGAGAAACCGGUGAAGAAGAUCCAGAGCUCGACCGCAGCCUUCAAACAGAUGGAGCAGAUCUCCCAGUUCCUCAACGCCUCGGAGAAGUACGGCGUCACCAAGACCGACAUGUUCCAGACCGUGGACCUUUGGGAAGGUAAGGACCUGGCGGCGGUGCAGAGGACCCUGUCAGCUCUGGGCAGCUUGGCCUUCACUAAGGACGAAGGCACGUACAACGGAGACCCCAACUGGUUCUUCAAGAAAUCCCAGGAGAACAAGCGGGACUUCAGCGACGACCAGAUGAAGGCGGGCAAAAAUGUGAUUGGUCUACAGAUGGGGUCAAAUAAGGGAGCCUCCCAGGAGGGCAUGAGCUACGGAAGAUCCCGACAGAUCCUGUAAAAACCACUGAGCCCCAGAUACCCCCGAAACCUCUUCAGCCCCCUAAAAGCCUUCUUAGAGCCUGUAAACGUCCCCCCCCUCCUCCUCCUCCUCCCAUACUUCCCAGUCUUGACACUUGCCCCCUCUAUGUUUACGCUUGCACUGGUGCUCAUCAUGCUUUGUCCUUCCCACUGCAGGAAGGACCAGUACAACGUUUGUAGUCUUAAUAAGUGGGGGAAAAAAAAAAGUAAAAAGUGACCAUGAAAAUGACCUGGAGGUAGAAACCAAGAUGACAAUGCGCCAUAACUGACCACCGUCUCAUCUCUGAUGCAAAGUAAAAUAAAUGUCUGAAUUUUCGGCAUUUGCUUCCUAGAUUUUUAUUUUUUAUUUUGUAAUAUUGGCUCUGGAUUCUGUGUUUACGUAACUUACAGAAGAGAUAUACUUUCCAGACUUGAGUGGUGACCCAUCCCCCCGCGGCGCACCAUUACACCCCUAAACAUUUACAAUUAUGUUCUUUUUUUUUUUUUUCUGUCUUCCACACACCACGAUGCUUCGCCUGCUGUAUCAGCGCCAAUAUUUUUGUACAUUGUCUUAUUAAAUAAUGACUUUGAAAUGCA